UUAUUCCCAUUUCUUGUCCGCGCCAUCCCCCCUCUCUUCUCUCUCCCCUUCUCGAGCUCUCUCUCUCUCACUUCAGAAUCUCCACCACCACGGCCAAACCCUAGACCCCCACUCUCUCCCUGAAACUCAUCUCCAUCGCCAAUCUCUCCAAGAUCUAUCAAUCCUUGCUCGAUUGGUGUUGUUUGAACUAUUAAUUUGUUAUCGAUCAGGAUUAGAGACAGAGCUUCGGCGAAUCGGGAAUGACGAGUUCCACGACGAGCACUGUCUACGUCAACGUGAUUGAAGAUGUCAUCAACAAGGUCAGAGAGGAGUUCGGCAACAACGGCGGUCCUGGCGACAGUGUUCUCAACGAGCUUCAAGGAAUAUGGGAAUUGAAAAUGAUGCAAGCUGGUGCUAUAUUGGGUCCUAUAGACAGGUCCUCAGCAUCGAAGUCAACACCAGGAGGCCCUAUCACUCCUGUUCAUGAUCUUAACGUGCCAUAUGAAGGGACUGAGGAGUAUGAAACUCCCACAGCUGAGAUACUCUUUCCUCCGACUCCAUUACAAACUCCAAUGCAAACGCCUCUACCAGGAACUGCCCAAACACCUUUACCGGGAACUGCACAAACGCCUUUACCUGGAACUGCCCAAACGCCUCUACCAGGAACUUCAGAUAGCUCAAUGUAUAACAUACCUACUGGUGGCACUCCCAUCACCCCUAAUGACUAUCCUGCUAUAAAUGAAAAUGGUGGUGUCGCUGAGCUGAAAGCAGCUGGGAGACCUAACCCAUACAUGCCACCUCCCUCUGCUUGGAUGAAUCAAAGGCCCCCUCUAAGUGUUGAUGUUAAUGUUGCUUAUGUGGAAGGGCGGGAAGAGCUGGACAGGGGAGCAUCUCAACAACCCGCCAUGACACAGGACUUCUUCAUGGUGCCUUCUGGAAAGCGGAAACGUGAGGAUUUUGCUUCACAAUAUCAUGGCAGUGGAUACAUGCCACAGCAGGAUGGAGCUGGAGAUUCCAUGUCAGAUGAUUUUCAGGUAAGUCAAAGGGGCAGCACUGAAUGCCACAAUGUCAUUGCUGCGAACCGAGAGGUGUUCACACGAAGGGUGAUGUUGUCUUCAAGGAUUUCUCAAUUGGAUGGGCCAAUUCCCGAUCCUUAUGAUGAUGUGCUUUCUACUCCUAAUAUAUACAACUAUCAAGGAGGAGUCGUCAAUGAAGACUACAAUAUAGUGAACACACCGGCACCACAUGACCAAGCAGCUACUCCUGCUAUCAUCCCUCCAAAUGAUAUUGUAGAUGACGAUGAUGAUGAGCCCUUGAAUGAAAAUGACGAUGAUGAUGAUUUGGACGAUGUGGACCAGGGAGACGAUCUAAACACACAGCAUUUAGUUUUGGCUCAGUUUGACAAGGUUACGCGAACCAAGAGCAAGUGGAAGUGCACUCUAAAGGAUGGCAUUAUGCACAUAAGCAAUAAAGACAUUCUCUUUAAUAAGGCCACUGGAGAGUUUGAUUUCUGAUUUUUUAAGAAAAAUCUCAUUAGCCAACAAAUGGCAGUUGCUGAUAUAAGAGCAAAUAUGGAGUUUCAAUGAGUGUUUCGUAAUUUCUUUAAUUAUUAUUACUACUUCUAAGUGAGAGCUUGCAGGAAGAGAAAGAGAUGCAUAGUGCUUUGGAGAUUGAGGAUAUUGAUGGUUGGCCAGUUGUACAUAAAGGGAGAGCCUUUUCGGCCCUAAAUGGAUGGCUGCUAGAGUUUUUUUUUUUUUUUGGAAAACUUAAAUAUUUCUAUGAUGGAAUGUGUAAUUCCAUUACUGUAUACUUGUGGAACAUUUUGGUUAAUUUAUAACGAACCGCACUAUUGUUUUCAUUCCUUUUUUAAAUUUGUGGGGUUUGAAGACGAUGAAUAUGCCAUUUAUCCUGGUCUGAGCAACUUUGAUGCCAAGAGUUCAUGGUUUUUAUUA